AUGGCCGAACAUUCCAACCAUAUUCGACACGUACUCCUUUACGAGUUCGAAUCUGGCCAACCCGUUGCUGAAGCCCAUCUAAACUUAAGUCAAGUAUUUGGCACUGAAGCCCCUUCUGAGCGGUCUGUGCGCGCCUUGUUCCAGCGCUUCAGAGCCGGAAACAAGAAAGUCGAAGAUGAGAAUCGCUCUGGUCGACCGACUGCAAUAUCGUUCGGCGAACUGAAGAAUCUGGCGGAGCAGCAUCCAUAUGAAGAUGUGCAGUACUUUGCUGCCAGUCUUAGCUGUUCGCUGUCUAUCGUGAGCAAUGGACUGCGAUCUCUCUGA